AUGAAUACGUUAAAGGAACAACUUUCAUUAGAAUUUCACAUGAAAGAUCUUGGUGAAGUAUCCUCAGUACUUGGUAUGCGUGUUACUAGAGAUACUACAAAGGGUACUAUAGAAAUAGAUCAAUCGCAAUAUAUCUUCGAUAUGCUGAACCGCUUCGGAAUGUCUAGCAGCAAUCCGGUUGCGACACCAAUUGAUUUAAAUCAACGUCUGAGUAUUGAAAUGUGUCCGAAAGAUGAAACAGAGCAGCAUGAAAUGUCAAAAGUUCCGUAUAUGCAGGCUGUUGGUUGUUUGUUAUUCGCCUCACAAAUAACGCGACCUGACAUCAGUUUUGCAGUUAAUCUAUUGAGUCGUUUUUCUACAAAUCCAGGAAAAGCACACUGGGUUGCGGUAAAACGUGUAAUGCGUUAUCUAAAAGGUACCAUUUACAGCGGAAUUGUGUAUAGCAGAGAAGUAAAUGAUCUCAUUGGAUAUUGUGACGCAGAUUGGGCCAGUGAUCUUGACGAAAGACGAUCUACGACGGGCUAUAUGUUUAAGCUUCAGGGUGGUCCGAUAUCUUGGUGCACACGAAGGCAGCGUACUGUUGCUUUAUCAUCGACAGAGGCCGAAUUCAUGGCCAUGACGUCAGCUAUUCAAGAGGCAACUUGGUUAAUACGUCUACAGUCUGAACUGACAUCAGUUAUGGUAAAAGGUAUGGUACUUUACUGUGACAAUAAAAGUGCUAUACAAGUGGCCUUGAAUAACUCAUAUUCACCUCGUAACAAGCACGUGGAUAUAAAAG